CGACAAGGUGAAGGGCUAGAUAAUCCCUUCGAGGUCGACCAGUUGACAGCGCUGUUGUGGUGCGAGGAUGCCUGGUCAAAGGUUAGUGCUUCGACCAUACGCCACUGUUGGAAUCAUUCCGGACUCGUAGGUAUGGCUGCUCUUCAGUUCAUUUUGAAAUAA